AUGUCGAUCAACCUCUCCGUCACGAUCUCACUGGAGACAAUCGCGCUCAUUCACCAGAGCGAGAUUGUUUUAGAGGAGGCCAGGACAGAGUUUGAGGCAGCCCUGGCAGAUGUCGCAAGCAGUGUCAUUGAGGCUGUGAAGGCACUCCCUUACGAUAUCACCAUAUCUGACUCAGACUACCCUGGACCUUGUCGGAGCAGACCGCCGUCUCUUCGACACUCCGUACAACCCUCGAUUCAAGACCAUGAUUCCAGCUACGCCGAGUCUCCACCGACCACGUUUCCCAGCACGCCUGUGAUUUGUUCUGGCAGCUGGUCGUCUUUGCCAGCGUACGAUCCACAAAAUGGAGAGGAGGACUUUACAAUCAAUGUCAGCGAUCUGGAAGGGCUGCAGACUACUUUCUGUGUCUCGGUCUUCGGCAGCACCACUAUCUCUGAGCUUGCGGAUAUGGUACAUGAUCAGUCUGGUAUACCUCCUGACCAGCAACGUCUAAUUUGGAGGAACCACAGGCUGGACCAGCCAGAUGCGACUUUAAGCUCAUACGGCAUCGCCAGUGGUGAAGACCUGUACCUGCUACGGCAACUGUUACCUAGCCCAGACAUGACAGCUGCCAACGACGGCAUAUUCUUUCCUGAGUCCGAGUUCGAUUUCCAUAUCCAGACUAUCAGCGGAAAGCAGAUACCUGUGGCUGCUAGAUAUAGCACAACGACUGCAGAACUGGCAUCUGCAAUAUUCGACUACAAUUGCAUCCCACCGAACCUGCAACGUUUAAUACACAAAGGUCGUGUCAUAUACGAUGGACACUCCCACGAGCAAGGCAACGCGUUUCCGGUCUUUACGCUCGAAGAGGUAAACGUGGCUCAUGAUUCCGUGGUGCAGCUGUAUUUCUGCAAUACCAUGAGAGAUUUUUGA